UCUCCCCUUCUCCCUCUCUCUCUCACUCUCUCCUUUCCCCUCUCUCUCUCCCUCUCUCUCUCUCUCUGGCAACAGCCUGCAUUGUUGGCAGGAGUGUCCAGAAUAAAAACAGCAACACCAGACAUAGGAGAGAAAAAAGUGAAAUGAUCCAUUGAACUGAAAGUCUUUGCCCUUUUUUAAUUACGUCGUGUCCAGUAUCUUUCGCUCUUUUUUUUCAUUUUUCAAGCACUUUAUGAAGUGGUAAUUAGCUUGUGGAGAAUAAAACCAGCUGAUUUGGACAGGGCUGGGGCAUUUUAGAGUGAGAUGGCUAACAGCAAGGUUGUAUCACUCCUUCAUGGAUUCCUCCUCCUCGCUCUGUUUCAACCUUCACUUCAAGGAGGUGUGUAUGUCCCUGCCGGGGGAGUUGGAGGGGGUGGCGGACUAGGUGCUGGUGCUUACCCAGCAGGAGCAGGGGGAUACAAACCAGCCAAAACAGGAGCAUAUGGGGGAGCAGGAGGCCUUGUUCCAGGAGGAGGCGGAUUAGGGCCUGGAGGACUCGGAGGAGGAGCAGGUGCUAAGCCCCCCAAACCAUGGUAUGGUGGGGCUGGUGGUCUGGGAGUCGGAGGAGCUGGAGCUGGAGCAGGCUAUGGUGGAGCGGGAGGAGUUGGCCCAGGCGGAGUGGGGGGCCUCGGGGCAGGAGCUGGUGGGAAACCUCCUAAACCAGGCUAUGGUGGUGUUGGUGGCCUGGGUCCAGGUGGAGUAGGAGGUCAAGGAUAUGGUGGUGCUGGUGUUCUUGUUCCAGGAGGGGGCUUAGGAGGAGGCUUUGGAGCUGGUGGAUAUGGAGCAGGAGGAGCUGGUGGAAAGCCUCCUAAACCAGGAUAUGGUGGUGCUGGUGGUCUUGUUCCAGGAGGAGGCUUAGGAGCUGGUGGAUAUGGAGCAGGAGCUGGCGGGACCCCCACAGGCUAUGGGGGCGCUGGUGGAGGACUUGGAACAGGGUACGGUGGAGCGGGCGGUUUGGUUCCAGGCGCAGGACUGGGAGCAGGAGGAGCUGGUGGAAAGCCUCCUAAACCAGGAUAUGGUGCUGCUGGUGGUCUUGUUCCAGGCGGAGGCUUAGGAGCUGGUGGAUAUGGAGCAGGUGGAAAGCCUCCUAAGCCAGGGUACGGCAAUCUGGGUGGUGUUGGUCCAGGUGGAGUAGGCGCAGGAGGUUUGGGAGCUGGAGGAUAUGGGGCAGGAGCUGGAGGAAAGCCUCCUAAACCAGGAUAUGGUGGUGCUGGUGGUCUUGUUCCAGGAGGAGGCUUAGGAGCUGGUGGAUAUGGAGCAGGAGGAGCUGGUGGAAAGCCUCCUAAACCAGGAUAUGGUGGUGCUGGUGGUCUUGUUCCCGGCGGAGUAGGAGGAGGCUUAGGAGCUGGUGGAUAUGGAGCAGGUGGAAAGCCUCCUAAGCCAGGGUACGGUAAUCUGGGUGGUGUUGGUCCAGGUGGAGUAGGCGCAGGAGGUUUGGGAGCUGGAGGAUAUGGGGCAGGAGCUGGUGGCAAACCUCCCAAACCAGGAUAUGGGGGUGCCGGUGGCCUGGUUCCAGGUGGUGUCGGAGGAGGAGGCUUAGGAGGCGGAGGACUUGGAGCAGGAGCCGGUGGGAAGCCGCCUAAGCCAGGUUAUGGAAAUCUUGGAGGCCUCGGAGGGGGUUACAGGCCAGGAGGUGGUUAUGGUGGCUAUGGAGGUGGAGGCUACAACCCCUAUGGAGGCUUCUACCCUGGAGUGGGAGCAGGAGGGCAGAAGCCUGGUGCUGGAGGUGGUGGUGGUUUACCAGGAGGAGGCGCUGUCCCUAAUGGAGGAGCUGGUGUAAAACCUGGAAAAGGAGGACCUGGUACAGGAGGAACUGCAACAGGGCCAGGUGCUGGUGGCACAGGAUCAGAGUAUCCAGGCAUCCCACAGACUGGCGUGCCCGGAGGAGGUGCUGGAGGGAAGGGUCAGAAGGGUGUACCAGGUGUCGGAGUGCCAGGACCUUACCAGGGCGGAAUUGCGCCUGGACAAGGGUAUGGGGUGCUUCCUGGUGUUGCAACAGGGACUGGACUCAAGCCAAAGUCUGCUGGUACAGGACAAACAGGCCCAGGAGCAGGUGGUCGUGGGUAUGGUGGUCCAAUGCAACCUGGAGUAUUUCAUGGAUAUCCACUCAAGUCUCCCAAACAGCCAGGCUCUCCUUAUGCUGGUGGCAAGCAGCCAUAUGGCUAUGGUGGCUUUGGAGGUGGAGGUGGAGCAGGGACUAAGCCUGGGUACCCUACAGGAACGGGAGUAGGAACAUUGGGUGCUGCACAAGCACAGGCCAAAGCUGCUAAAUAUGGUGCUGCUGGUGGUCUGGGUGGUGCAGGCUCAGUCCCUGGAGCAGGAGGUGCCUACCCUGGAGCAGGAGGUGCUUACCCUGGAGCAGGAGGUGCUUACCCUGGAGCAGGAGGUGCCUACCCUGGAGCAGUCCCUGGUGCUGGAGGAGCAGGAACAUACGGUGCUGCACAAGCACAGGCCAAAGCUGCUAAAUAUGGUGCUGCUGGUGGUCUGGGUGGUGCAGGCUCAGUCCCUGGAGCUGGAGGUGCUUACCCUGGAGCAGGAGGUGCUUACCCUGGAGCAGGAGGUGCUUACCCUGGAGCAGGAGGUGCCUACCCUGGAGCUGGAGGUGCUUACCCUGGAGCAGUCCCUGGUGCUGGAGGAGCAGGAACAUACGGUGCUGCACAAGCACAGGCCAAAGCUGCUAAAUAUGGUGCUGCUGGUGGUCUGGGUGGUGCAGGCUCAGUCCCUGGAGCAGGAGGUGCCUACCCUGGAGCUGGAGGUGCUUACCCUGGAGCAGGAGGUGCUUACCCUGGAGCAGGAGGUGCCUACCCUGGAGCUGGAGGUGCCUACCCUGGAGCAGUCCCUGGUGCUGGAGGAGCAGGAACAUACGGUGCUGCACAAGCACAGGCCAAAGCUGCUAAAUAUGGUGCUGCUGGUGGUCUGGGUGGUGCAGGCUCAGUCCCUGGAGCAGGAGGUGCUUACCCUGGAGCCGGAGGUGCUUACCCUCGUGCUGGAGGUGCCUACCCUGGAGCAGUCCCUGGUGCUGGAGGAGCAGGAACAUACGGUGCUGCACAAGCACAGGCCAAAGCUGCUAAAUAUGGUGCUGCUGGUGGUCUGGGUGGUGCAGGCUCAGUCCCUGGAGCAGGAGGUGCCUACCCUGGAGCUGGAGGUGCUUACCCUGGAGCAGGAGGUGCUUACCCUGGAGCAGGAGGUGCCUACCCUGGAGCAGUCCCUGGUGCUGGAGGAGCAGGAACAUACGGUGCUGCACAAGCACAGGCCAAAGCUGCUAAAUAUGGUGCUGCUGGUGGUCUGGGUGGUGCAGGCUCAGUCCCUGGAGCAGGAGGUGCUUACCCUGGAGCCGGAGGUGCUUACCCUCGUGCUGGAGGUGCCUACCCUGGAGCAGUCCCUGGUGCUGGAGCCUAUGGAGCUGGUGCGAAACCACCCAAAUAUGGUGGUGCUGGACUGGUCCCAGGUGGUGCUGGUGUAGUGGGUGGAACUGGAGGUAUACCUGGAACUGGAGUUGUACCUGGAGCUGGAGGAUAUCCAGGAGGAGUCAAACCUCCUAAAUAUGGAGCUGGAGCUGGAGCUGGAGCUGGAGCUGGAGUCGUACCAGGGGUAGGGCAAGGAGUAGCACCAGGGGCCGGAGGAGCAUAUCCAGGUGGUGCCAAGCCUCCUAAAUAUGGGUAUCCUGCGGCCACCAAUCCUCUCUACGGUGCGGGUGGUGGGGUGCCCGGUGGGUAUGGCCAGGUGCCCGGUGCUUACCCAGGUGGUGCGUAUGCAGGGCCAGGGGGCUAUGGUGCAGGGCCUGGCGCUAAACCUCCAAAGUAUGGUGUGGCAGGAGGGGCAGGAGGCGUCCCAGGGGCUGGAAGCGUGACAGGGCUGGGCGGGGUGCCGGGAGCAGGGGCUGGAGGGUAUCCAGCUGGCGCUAAAGCUCUUAAGUAUGGUGCAGCUGGCGCGGGUGCAGGGCCUGGGGCAGUGCCAGGAGGCGGGUAUGGAGUGCCAGGGGCCGGCUAUGGGGUACCUGGAGGUGCAGGCGCAGGCUAUGGGGUACCUGGAGGUGCAGGCGCAGGCUAUGGGGUACCUGGAGGUGCAGGCGCAGGCUAUGGGGUACCCGGCGGUGCAGGGGCAGGCUAUGGGGUACCUGGCGGUGGAUAUGGAGGUUAUGGAGCUGGAGCUAAACCACCCAAAUAUGGUGUGAAUGGCGGUGCCGGGACAGCCCCUGGAGCAGGUGUAGUGGGUGGGGCAGGAGCAGUACCAGGGGCAGGAACUGGGCUAGUACCUGGAGGUAAACCACCCAAAUACGGUGUCCCAGGAGGGGUAGGAGCAGGACUGGGAGGAACUGGAACUGGAACUGGAGCUGGAGCUGGAGGCUACCCAGGAGGUGUGAAACCGCCAAAAUAUGGUCCAGUUCCCGGAGGUGUGGCGGUGCCAGGUGCUGGUGCAGGAACAGGAUAUCUGGGUGGGGUAAAAGGUCCUAAAUAUGGAGUGCCCCCUGGUACUGGGAUCAAAGGCACUGGUGUGCCAGGGGCCACAGCUGGUACAGGUGUGGGUUUCAUACCCGGAGGUACCGGAGUGCCACCUAUUCCAGCAAAGGGAUCAACUCUACUACCUGGAGGAGCCACUUUCCCAGGACCGACGGCUAAUGCCACAGCGGGCCAGGUCCCAGGACCCAGUGCCGGAACAGGCCUACCACCUGGAGUGGGUGCAGGCGUAUUCCAACCAAGCCCUGGGACAGGUGUUGGGGGAGCUGGAGUGCCACCUGGUGGUAUACCUCAACUGGGCCCCUACGGUUCUGCAGCUGGAACAGGAGUCCUUCCAGGUGCCAAGCCUCUUAAGCCACCAGCUGUUGGACCUGGCGCAGGAGGUGGACCCGUCCCUGGAACAUUAGGUCUGAAUCAGUUUGGUGCUGGCCAGGGGGGUGGCAAACCACCGAAACCAGGCUAUGGCAAUUUGGGAGCAGGAUAUCCUCAACAAGGUGGUGUUGUGCCUGGUUAUGGAGCUGGACAGGCCUACCCACAGGCCUACCCAGGAUAUGGAGGUGUACUGUCGCCACAGCAAGCUAAAGCAGCCAAGUACGGUAAUCUGGGAGGAUUCUUGGGUGCUGGCUAUAGAGGUGGAGCUGCAUGCCAAGGCAAAUACUGUGGCCGGAGGAGAAAGUGAAAGAUCUCUUGAGAUGUGAACUGACCUCAAGAAACAAUGGUGCUACUGCAUGGUCUAGAAUGUACAUUUGAUAUGCAGAAACAAAAGCAACAAAAGUCCCAUUCAAUGUACGAAAGUUACAUAUACAGUAGGACAUAUUUGUAUAGACCCCAAAACCCAUAAUGUUGCACAUUGGACAAGUUGUUCAGCACGACAAGCACCACGCCAACAUUUUUUUCUUAGUGGCACACAAUGUUUUUAUUUUAUUUUUAUUAUAUUUAAUAUUUGCUCCACUAGUGCCUGUUUAAAGCUUUUACCUUUGAUACUUUGGGAUUCUGUAACUGAGCAGUCACUAACACCUCAAAAAUCGAAUGGCCAGGCCCAAAGCUUUGUUGUUAUUCUGAGACCUAAAUUCCAGACAUACCACAGAGCUUGUCUAAUGUGUGUGUGUAGAUGUGUGUGUGUGUGUGUGUGUGUGUGUGUGUGUGUGUGUGUGUGUGUGUGUGUG